ACACUGUUAUUGUUAUCAAAUUGCAUCUUAUCUUAAGGGGAACACCCAAAAACCUGCCUGUGCAAAACCGCUACACAGACAGAGAUAGAAAGUGAUAUAUACAUUGGAUACACAUAUAAUGAUGCUUAUCGUACGCUGCUGGUGCUCAGUCUUUUAUCGUACGCACACCUAUAGCCCGUAAAAACUAGAAAGCACAAAAAACGAACCUGAUCAAGAAGACAAGAAGGAAGAAGAAUCUCUCCUCGCAGCUUCCCGUACCAAACUGACUUUGUUACUUCAUCUUUUUUACAGCUCCGGAAGCAAAUCAAGGUUCAUCUUUUGUGUACACGAGUGCAUGUUCUUCUGCUCAGUUAUUAGAUCUUUGUGGUUUCUUGUUCUUGUUGGAUCUGACUAUUUACUGAUUUCAUGCAAAAACAAUUGGAAACUCAUGAUGCUGGGUUGUUCUGAUCGAGUCAUAAUAGGAUAAGGUUUUUAUAUUGUAUAUAUCUUGGAUUUGUUCUUUUUUUAUCGGAGAUCUCCAAAUCAAUCUACACGACAACAGUUAAGGAGGAAAAAAAGGAAAAGUAGAGUUGUGAUGGCGAAUCGAUGGUGGGCAGGGAAUGUAACGAUGACUCCACUACACUUGAGAAACCCUGACGAGAAUGGCAGUUUCGACGACAACAACACCACCAUCCCUAACCGCACCCAAACCCCAAACCAAGACGAUGAAGAAGACCAAUCCGGAGACCACACCAAACACCCCCACCACGAAACCACCGAUCCAGGCAGUACAUCCACCUCCUCUCGCCGCCCCAGAGGCCGACCUCCCGGCUCCAAAAACAAAGCAAAACCUCCGAUUGUUAUAACCAAAGAAAGCCCUAAUUCUUUCCACAGCCACGUAUUCGAAAUCACAAGCGGCGGUGACAUUGUGGAGAGUCUUGCCAAUUUUGCACACCGCCACCACCGUGGCGUGUCGAUAAUGAGUGGAAGCGGCAUUGUCAACAAUGUCACUCUCCGCCAGCCCGCAGCACCAGGUGGGGUUAUCACUCUCCAAGGAAGAUUCGAGAUUUUGUCGUUAUCCGGUGCAUUUUUGCCCCCACCAUCUCCACCGGGUGCUACGGGGUUGACGGUGUACUUGGCAGGUGGGCAGGGGCAAGUGGUUGGUGGGACGGUGGUGGGUUCUUUGGUGGCGUCAGGGCCAGUGAUGGUUAUAGCUGCCACAUUUACUAAUGCAACUUAUGAGAGACUUCCACUUGAGGAGGAGGAACUAGGAAAGGGCGAGGGGAUUAAUCAAGUGCAGAAAAACUCUUCUGGAAAUAACCACAAUAACGGUGGUGGUGAAACACAAAGCAUAGAAGAGCAGCAGAACCGUAGUCCUACAAUGCCAAUUUACAACUUGCCUCCUAACUUGGGACCAAAUGGACAGAUGCCGCAUGAGGUGUUUUGGGGAGCACCUCCUCCGCCUCCUCCUCCAUCUUACUGAAGGUUACAAGUUUUUGGUGAUGACUGGAAAAGAAGAAAUAGUCAAGAAAUGGGGGUGGAAGUUCUAUACUGAAAUCUUAGGAAUUGAGAGAUUCUUCAUAUGAUAAGAAUAUAAAUGUCCGUGUUUAUUAAUUUCCUUGAUAAGUCUGAUUUAUCUCUA